CAGACACCAACCAGUCUUCAACACACUUCAUCAAGCUCAGUGACUGUGUGUGUGUGUGUGUGAGAGAGAGAGAGAGAGCAACAAUGUUAGCUCGAGUUCUCUCAAUGCGCAGAGGAGCUCACACGGAGGAAGAAGACGAACUCGACGAACACUCACAAGACGAUUCCAAAACUAGAAAACACCUCUCAAUCGCCACACGAAUCACCAACUACUUCACCCGAACAGGUUACCUCUGCCCUACUAUCAUCACCGCUAUAAUAAUCCUCAUAAUCACCUCCUAUUUCCUUCAAUCUCGUGAUCUCCUCUGCGUUUCCUCCAUUUCUUCCUUCGAUCGCCUCUCUCGCACUCGCUUCUUCGGUUUGGAUGGCCUCGAUUCCGAUUUUGGUGCCCUAGGUGUCCCCUGGUGCAGAUCGAAACACGGAAAAACCGUCGAAUGGACAACUAAAGAUCUACUCCAAGGUCUCGAAGAAUUCGUACCGAUCUACGAAACCCGACCCAUUAAGAACAACAUGUACGGGAUGGGUUUCGAUCACAGUUUCGGGCUCUGGUUUAUCACACGAUGGCUGAAACCCGACCUCAUGAUUGAAAGUGGGGCUUUCAAGGGGCAUUCCACGUGGGUAUUGAGACAAGCAAUGCCAAACACCCGAAUUAUCUCGAUUACGCCACGUCAUCCUGAGAAAUAUCUUAAAAAAGGGGCAGCGUAUGUUGAUGGGAACUGCACGUAUUUUGCUGGAAAAGAUUUUGUUGAUUUUGGGAGUAUUGAUUGGUCGACUGUGAUGAAGAAACAUGGUGUUAGUGAUUUGAGUCGUGUUCUUAUAUUUUUUGAUGAUCAUCAAAGCGAAUUAAAAAGAUUAAAGCAGGCAUUGAAAGCUGGCUUUACAAAUCUUGUUUUUGAGGACAACUAUGAUACAGGAACUGGAGAUCACUAUUCCUUACGACAAAUAUGUGAUCAGUUUUACAUACAAGGAGGUGGGCAUAGCUGCUUUGAAGACAGCGAUGAAGCAAGGGUGAGAUCGGUAAGAAAAAAAUUCUGGGAAAAAGCAGUAGACACGCAAGAACUCUGCGGGCCCGGUGAAUCGUGGUGGGGAGUUCGAGGUUACAUGCGCGAUGAUUUUAAUCACACGAAUAAACCAAUAUCAUACUCGCAACAUUUCCAAAACAGUCGGUAUGUGGAAUCAAUACUUGAUCUUUAUUGGGAAUUGCCACCUGUCGCUGGCCCGUCGCUUACUCAUCAAACGAGAUACGACCCGGCCCGUGCACCGAGCCCGAUUGUUGAAGACGGAAGGUUUCGCUUGUUUCAAAGACUUGGUUUAUCUAGACUUGAGCCUUCUGUGUUUAAUGGGUAUACUCAAAUGGUAUAUGUUCAGAUAUCUGAUAAAGAGUCAUAGUUAUGUGGAUUUUUAAGUUGUUUUUUCGAUACGUUUCUUAGGCCCGGCCCGUAUCUUGACGGUAUACUCGUGUCGUGUUGAUAUUAUACACUUUUGUUCUACGGAUUUUUUUUAUUAGUUCUUUAUAUUAUAUUCUUAGGAUGACUUUGAAUCAUUUUGGAGA